AUGACAGGUAUUCGUCGCUCUUCUAGACUCAAUCCUUCCAAUACCAACAACACCUCUGUUGUCGUUCCUUCCAGUUCUGCCACAAAACGGAAACCCAUAUCCUCUCAAACAACUAAUGAUUCACUGGACGAUGAUCAAGUCUCUACUACUACUACUACUACAGCAAACAAUCUUCUAAACAUUGAAACAAGCGAAGACGAUGACGAUGACGACUUUGUUAUUUAUGUCCCAACUAGACGACGACAAAUCACAUCCUCCAAAGUUAUCAAACCACCAAUCACUCGCAGCAAACGCAUCAAAAUGGAACACAGUAUCCCAUCCCCAGAAGAAUCAAAUACUGGUGCUUCUGUAUCUUCCUCGUCUUCCUUAUCAUCCAUUGUUAAUACACCUAUUGAAACAUCUAUUUCUCACAAGCAAAAAAGUCAACGCGAGUCACCAUCCGCAGCAAUUAUAGACGCCAUACACCAAUUGAAAACGGAGGAUAAGGAUACAGAAGAUGAUGUCAAAAAGGAACUUCUAGCUACUCUCAAACAUGAUAUUGGACUUUUACCUGGUUCGCCAACCUCUCUAUCUUCGUCAUCAAUUCAUUAUUCACCAUCAUCUAUAGCAUCGUCCUCCUCGUCAUCGACAUAUCAGCAAGAAAGAAAACAACAGCAUGACUCGGAGUUGGAAUCCUUAAUACCCACUCCUGUCUCAGGAAGUCCAAUGCCACAAUCUGAUUCUGAAACAGCUAAUGAUGAGCUUGAAGAACUUGCCAAUACUGUUAACUAUCGUCGUCGUCGUCGUGGUCGUGGUCGUGGUGGCCGUGCUCCUGCCGAAAGAUUGAGCUGGUAUAAACGUACCAAUCUGAAACUUCUUGUUCAUCAUCCAGAAUUGAAAACUGUGUGGGAUUCCUUGGAAAAUGCUGAAGCAAUUCAAGUCACUCCUAUUGAACAACCAGAAUAUUUGAAAUUAUCUCUACUUCCCUUCCAAAAAUAUGGUGUUGCAUGGAUGAUGCAACAGGAAAAGAGAGAAGGUUUCAAAGGCGGAAUUCUUGCGGAUGAAAUGGGGAUGGGAAAAACUAUUCAAACAAUCUCAUUAUUAUUAAGUGACUAUGGCAAGAAGCCUAACCUUAUAGUGGCUCCUACUGUGGCAAUCAUGCAAUGGCAACAUGAAAUUCAAACUCAUACCAAGAACGACAUGAAGGUCUACGUUUUUCAUGGUAGCAAUCGCACAAAAAGUGUGAAAGAACUUGAAUCUUAUGAUGUAGUCAUUACCACUUACUCUGUUGCUGAAUCGUGCUUUAGAAAACAAGAAUAUGGUUUCAAACGUCAACAAAAUCUGGUCAAGGAAAUGUCUAUCCUCCAUAAGGUCCAAUGGCAUCGUAUAGUACUUGACGAAGCACACAAUAUCAAAGAUCGCUCUAGUAACACUGCAAGAUCUGUGUUUGGUUUGAAAAGUGAAUUCCGCUGGUCAUUAUCUGGUACUCCUUUACAAAACAGAGUAGGUGAAUUAUACUCUUUGAUUCGUUUCAUGCGUGCUGAUCCUUAUGGUUAUUACUAUUGCAAAUCCUGUAAAUGUAAGAAUUUGAACUGGAGAUUCUCCGAUAAGGCACACUGUGACGAAUGCAAACACACUCCUAUGGAUCAUGUCUGCUGGUGGAACAAUGAAAUCUUGAAACCUAUUCAAGCUCAUGGUUAUGUUGGUGAAGGACGUCAGGCUUUAGACAAGUUACGAUUGUUAUUGGAUAGAAUGAUGCUUCGACGUACAAAGGUCCAAUGUGCUGAUGAUCUUGGUCUUCCUCCUCGAACUAUUAUGGUCCGACGUGAUUUAUUCAACGAAGCUGAAGAAGAAGUUUAUCGUUCUCUAUUCUCUGAUACCGCCAGAAGGUUCAAUGAUUAUGUUGAAGAAGGAUCCGUAUUGAAUAAUUACGCCAAUAUAUUCGAAUUAUUAACCAAGAUGAGACAAUGUGCUAAUCAUCCUGAUUUGGUAACCAAGAAGAAAGGCAAUGCAGGCUAUAAACAACUUGUGUGUAUGCUUUGUAAUGAAACCCCAGAGGAUCCCAUUUCAUCAGCCUGUCGACAUACUUUUUGCCGUGAAUGUUGUAAACAAUAUCUACAAAGCUUUGAUGAUGUUAGUGGUGGAACAGCAAUGUCAUCUCCAAAAUGUCCUUCAUGUUAUGCGGAAUUCUCUGUGGAUUUGAGUCAACCUCCUUUGGAAAUCGAACUUGGUGAAGGAGAACAUCCAGCAUUCUCAAAAGCAAGUAUUGUCAAUCGAAUUGAUAUGGAAAAAUGGCGUAGCUCAUCCAAAAUCGAAGCUCUUGUGGAAGAAUUAUCCAAGCUACGAAGUGAAGAUCGAACUGUCAAAAGCAUUGUGUUCUCACAGUUUGUUAGUUUCUUGGAUUUGAUUUAUUGGCGUUUAUCUCGUAUGGGAUUUGCCUGUAUUCGACUUGAUGGCAGUAUGUCUCCAACACAACGUGCAGCAGCUAUUGACCACUUUACUGUCAAUCCUACUGUUACCGUCUUCUUAAUCAGUCUCAAAGCAGGGGGAGUUGCUUUGAAUCUUACUGAAGCCAGUCGUGUUUUUAUUUGUGAUCCUUGGUGGAAUCCGGCUGCCGAAUUACAAGCAAUGGAUCGUAUUCAUCGACUUGGACAAUAUCGACCUAUUCGAAUUACAAGAUUAGUUAUUGAAAAUAGCAUCGAAAGCCGUAUCAUCCAAUUACAAGAAAAGAAGACAGCUCUAGUAAACUCGACUAUUGAUAGGGAUCAGGCCGCAUUGGAACGUCUUACGGUGGAGGAUUUACAAUUCUUAUUUGCUAUGUAAUACGAGUACAUCACCUCUAUUUAGUUAUAGUUAUAGUAAAUAUUAUUUACCAUGAUGAUAGUACCUUUCUAUGAUAUCUUUUAUACAUUGUCCUCCCUUCUCUACCAUAUUUAGUCUCAUACUCUACUUCCCGUCUGAAGCGAAUAAAUUGAUUCUUAG